CAUCUGCUCACAAUGCAACCUAGUUAGCUCUUCAAACAAUUUCACUUCUUUAUCAAACUUGGCUUCUCACAAGGAAGUCUUCUUUCAAUCUAUCUCUAUUGGAAACUAGGUAACAAAUUAAGUCAUGGCUGGAGAACUAGGAGUGCUAAAUGCACUAGAUGUGGCAAAGACACAAUUGUACCAUUUCACUACCAUUAUCAUAGCUGGAAUGGGUUUCUUCACUGAUGCGUAUGAUCUUUUCUGCAUUUCCAUGGUCACAAAAUUACUUGGAAGAAUAUAUUACACAGAACCAAAUGCACCAAAACCAGGAACACUUCCACCAAGUGUUCAAUCAGCUGUAACCGGCGUCGCGCUAGUCGGGACUCUAGCAGGCCAAUUAUUCUUUGGUUGGCUUGGAGACAAAAUGGGAAGAAAAAAAGUUUAUGGUUUAACACUUAUUCUCAUGGUUGUUUGUUCUGUUGCCUCAGGACUCUCUUUUGGAUCAAGUCCAAAGAGUGUUAUGGCAACACUUUGUUUCUUUAGGUUUUGGCUUGGUUUUGGAAUUGGUGGUGAUUACCCUCUUUCGGCUACAAUCAUGUCGGAAUAUGCGAAUAAAAAAACUAGAGGAGCUUUUAUUGCUGCUGUUUUUGCUAUGCAAGGUUUUGGUAUCUUAGGUGGUGGAAUUGUUGCAUUGAUUGUGGCUUCUAUAUUUGAUCACAAAUAUAAUGCUCCUACUUAUGAAGAAAAUGCAGCGGCGUCGUUGGUGUUGCCGCAAUUUGAUUAUGUUUGGAGACUUAUUCUUAUGUUUGGUGCUCUUCCGGCUGCAUUGACGUACUAUUGGCGAAUGAAAAUGCCCGAAACGGCUCGUUACACGGCUCUCGUCGCUAAGAACGCGAAACAGGCUACCGCGGAUAUGUCGAAGGUUUUGCAAGUUGAACUUGAAGUUGAAGAGGAAAAGGUGGAAAAGUAUACGGGCAACGAGAGAAAUCAGUAUGGCUUGUUCAGCAAGGAAUUCGUGAAGCGACACGGUUUGCAUUUGCUCGGAACAUGUAGUACUUGGUUUUUGUUGGAUAUUGCUUUCUAUAGUCAGAAUCUUUUCCAAAAGGAUAUUUUUUCCGCAAUCGGAUGGAUACCUCCGGCAAAAGAAAUGAAUGCAAUUCAUGAGGUUUACAAGAUUGCAAGAGCACAAACACUUAUCGCCUUAUGUAGUACUGUUCCGGGUUAUUGGUUCACGGUAGCGUUGAUCGAUUACAUGGGCCGUUUCGCUAUCCAAAUGAUGGGAUUCUUCUUCAUGACUGUUUUCAUGUUUGCUCUUGCUAUACCAUAUGAUCAUUGGAGAGAUAAAGACAAUAAAUUUGGGUUUGUUGCAAUGUACUCACUCACAUUCUUCUUUGCUAAUUUUGGUCCAAAUGCUACAACAUUUGUUGUUCCGGCGGAGAUUUUCCCGGCUAGGUUAAGGUCCACUUGUCAUGGAAUUUCAGCUGCUGCAGGAAAGGCAGGAGCAAUUGUUGGUGCAUUUGGUUUCUUGUAUGCUGCACAAAGUAAAGAUCCUACUCAGACCGAUAAAGGGUAUCCAACCGGUAUUGGGAUUAAGAACUCGCUUAUUAUGCUUGGCGUGAUCAACUUUGCUGGUAUGUUGUUCACUUUACUUGUUCCGGAAUCAAAGGGGAAAUCAUUGGAAGAGUUAACCGGAGAGAAUGAAGGAGAAGGUGAUAUUGAGGCCACUCCGCAAGAAGGAUCAAGGUUUCCAAAUGCUGCCACAGCCUAGAAUGUAGCUUUAGGUGUGGCUGGUGUUGCCGGUGCGAUUAUCAGCAUUGCUACAUGAUUUUAUUAUUUUAUAUUUGCACCUUAUAUUAUUAUUUGGGACAUGUUUUAAAAAUCUUAUACCUUAUAUUUUUCCAACCAUAUUUCUCCUGUCCCUUGAAAAGUAAUUUGUUUGAUCCCUAUAAAGCCUGUUGCAGCCGCAUGCGACCGAUUACAAUCUGAUGCAGCCAGUUGCACCUACUGUACAAUGCGGCCGUUAUUGUGUGAUGCGGUCUGCAAUUUGAAACUACAAGCAAGAUAUGGUAGGAUAAUUUAUGUUUGAUUCAUGUUAGUUUCCAACAAAGUGAUUUGAAUUAUGUUGUUUGAACAUUUUAAUGUAGUUCACAAUAAUGUAUAGUUCUUUGCAUCUUGGUGCAAGAAUACAUACUAUGUAAAGUGUGUGCCUUUGGUUGUAUUUUAGUUAAAAUUUACUCUUGUAUAAUUGAUUUUAGCCUUUGUUUGAAAUUGAGGUAACUUGUAUUUACUUUCGUUUUACAUUUAA